AUGCUAAAUCUCAAAAUUCAUUUCAAAAUUAGAUUUUAUGAAGACGAAUUCAAUGAUUAUGAAUAUUUGGAGAUUGACAGGUACCCCAAAAUUGAGGAUUAUUAUACAUACGGUUCUGUUGUUGUAAUCAAUAUUAAAGGUUAUGAGAAUUUUACGAGAAAUUCCUAUGACAAUGAGAUGGAAAUUAAAGUGAUUGAAGAACUAUAUAAAGAUAUGAAAAAUUAUAAGUCAGUAUAGCCAGCAGGUUUAGUUGAUUAUUAAAUAAUAAAAAAAAUUAAAGAAGAAAAUGUUGAAGUUAAAACCACUAGAAAAGAAAAACCAUGA